AUGCGCUUCGCGGGCUCCGACAACCCGGACUUACUCGAGAAGCUGCUGUCAAAGCCAUUGGACCCAAACCUCAAAAAGAAUGGCACGGCGGCGCUCUGUUUCGCCCGUCCUGCCUGCAUGAAACUCUUGCUCGAGGCCCAGGCAGAGCCGAACUGCUGCGAUAGGCUUUGCAACACACCCCUGGGGGAGGCCGCCAAAUCUGGCGCGUUAGAAGUCGUGCAGCUGCUGCUGGAAAGACGGGGCCAGGUGAACAUGUGCAACUAUAGAGCUGAGUCGCCCGUGCUGCUGGCGAUGCAGCGAAACCACGUCGAGGUCGUGCGCCUUCUGUGUCGGCACCGUGCAGAUGCCAACAGGGGCAAAGGCCUUUCGGGCUUGUUGGCUUCAAAGGUCGAUCAGCCGGAGUGCCUUCGUUUGCUGCUGGAGCUUCGAACAGAUGUCAACGCCUGCAAUGAGGCUGGGGAGACUGCUCUCCUUGCGGCAGUGAGACACGGUCGAAUGUCUGCUGUGUGCCUGCUGCUGCUGGAGCGCCAUGUAGAUGUGAAUGGUCAUGACUCAAAGGGCGACUCACCGCUGCUGCUGGCAAUCCGGAGCAGGAGCUGGGAGAUCUCACGGAAGCUUUGCGAAAGCCACGCAGAUGUCAGCAAGCCGAACAAGAGCACAGGUGACACUCCAGCUCUUCUGGCUUACAGUGAGGGGCAGAUGGACAUCAUGCACAUGCUGCUGAGCAAGCGUGCAGAUGUCAACACAAGACUCCGCUGUCGAGAUACGCCACUGCUGCUGGCAGUACGGAAGAACGAGCCUAGCAUGGUCCAGCUGCUGUACCAGUACCGCGCCGACUUGAACACCGCGGUGAUCCUUGCUUCAACCUUGGGGCGAGCGAAGAUUCUCGUUGCGUUGCUUCAGCUCCGUGCAGAUCCGGAUGUUUGCAACAUUUCAGGAGACACACCACUCCUGCUUGCGCUUCAGAACAACCAGUUGGCUGUGGCAAGUGCUUUGUGCCAGCACCGGGCAAACGUGAAUCUCACAAACGGUGUCGGGGACACCCCCUUGCUGCUGGCAGCCCGAGUUGGUGCAGUGGAUGUUCUCGCCAUGCUGAUGAGCCUCGGGGUGGAUGUGAAUGUGUGUAACUGGCUGGGAACAUCCCCGUUGAUGGCGGCGUCCCAGAAUGGCCACCGCGAUGCUGUGCAGCUUCUGACGGAUGGCCGGGCCGACGUUGCGUCGAGCUGUGCGGAAGGUGUCAAAACAGUGAGUCCAGCGAAGGGGUCAUGCUAUGACUGUCGCGACUGUAGCUGCUGCUUAUGUUAUCACUCCGCGUUAUCGCUCGCAGUGUCUGCAGGUAUUUCUUCUUCGCAGCUAGACGUAGCCUUCUAUUCUUCUCCAGCUCGAAAAACGAGGCAUAAGGCAUCAGCAUAA